CUCGAUCUGUUUCAUUCCUCCAUCAUAAAUUAAGCUUUUCCUAGCCUUCGUCAUUUUUCCUUUGUUACCCCAAACCACGCAUAGCAACACUACUUGUGUGUAAAUUCAGAGCUAAACAAAUUCACAAUGUCAGAAGCAGCAGCUACUUCUUUUGAAACUCAACACAGCUCUACAGAAUCGUGUGUACCUAAAACAACAACUACUACUUCUUCUGAUGUAUCAUCAUCACCCCAAACUACCCACAUUUUCAAAUCUAAAUUACCAGACAUACCCCUCCCCAACAACCUCCCCCUCCACAAAUACUGCUUCCUUAAACUCCCCGAAAUCGCCGACCGGCCAUGCCUCAUCGCCGGCAGCAGAAAAUACACCUACGGCGAAACUCACGUGACAUCGCGAAGGGUGGCCGCCGGCAUGUCGAAGCUGGGCAUCCAGAAGGGAGACGUCAUCAUGAUUCUCCUCCCGAACUCCCCGGAGUUCGUGUUCUUCUUCAUGGCGUCCUCCAUGCUCGGCGCCGUGGCCACCACCGCCAAUCCCUUCUAUACCGCCGCCGAAAUCACGAAGCAACUCGCCGCCUCCAAGGCCAAGCUUGUAGUCACCCUCUCCGCCCACGUCCACAAGCUCGACCAACAACAGGGUUUGAAGGUGGUCACCGUGGACGAGCCGGCGGCGGAUGAGAACUGCAUGAGUUUCCGGGAAGGCGAGGAGAGCGAGGUGGCGGAGGUGGAGAUAUCGGCGGAGGACGCGGUGGCGCUGCCGUUCUCGUCGGGGACUACGGGGCUGGCGAAGGGGGUGGUUCUGACGCACAAGAGCCUGGUGACGGGCGUGGCGCAGAACAUGGAGGGAGAGAACCCGAACGUGUACCUGAAGGAAGAGGACGUUGUGCUGUGCGUGCUUCCCUUGUUUCACAUAUUCUCCAUGCACAGUGUCAUGAUGUGCGCGCUCAGAGCGGGGAGUGCCAUUUUGUUGAUCGAAAAGUUUGAGAUAAGGGCGCUGCUGGAGGAGAUUGAGAGGCACAGGGUCACCGUGGCGAUGGUGGUGCCGCCUCUCGUGGUGGCGCUGGCGAAGAACCCCGCGGUGGAGGAGUAUGAUUUGAGCUCCAUACGGUUGGUCAUGUCCGGGGCUGCGCCGCUGGGGCACCAGUUGGAAGAGGUUCUACGGAAUAGGUUGCCCAACGCAAUUCUGGGACAGGGAUACGGGAUGACAGAGGCUGGACCGGUGUUGGCGAUGUGUUUAGGGUUUGCAAAGUAUCCAUUCCCGACAAAGACAGGCUCUUGCGGAACAGUAGUCAGAAAUGCUGAGUUGAAGGUCAUUCACCCUCUUACUGCCCUUUCUCUUCCCCCUAACCACCCUGGCGAAAUUUGCAUCCGUGGCCAACAGAUCAUGAAAGGUUACCUGAAUGACGAGAAGGCUACUGCAGCAACUAUUGACGUAGAUGGUUGGCUUCAUACAGGCGAUAUUGGCUAUGUCGAUGAUGAUGAUGAGAUUUUCCUGAUUGACAGGGCCAAGGAGCUCAUCAAAUUUAAAGGCUUCCAGGUGCCACCAGCAGAACUUGAAGACCUUCUUAUGAGCCACCCUUCCAUUGCAGAUGCGGCCGUUGUCCCGCAAAACGACGAUGCUGCAGGUGAAGUUCCAGUGGCUUUCGUGGUGGGCUUUGAUCUUACAGAAGAGGCAGUCAAGGAUUUUAUAGCGAAACAGGUAGUGUUUUACAAAAGACUACACAAAGUGUAUUUUGUUCCUGCAAUUCCAAAGUCUCCAACCGGAAAGAUAUUAAGAAAAGAACUCAGAGCAAAGCUCGCGAGCAUUAUUAUUCAGAGGACCUAGAACUCUUUUGUCAUUGUCUUCCUUAAUUUCUUCUUCGUUUGCUAUUCUAUUAUUAUUAAUGCGUAAUAAAUGAAGGGUGCAUGCAUGCCCCAUGGCACAAAAACCAAUACAGUGUCUUUAGUUUGCUAAGGUAUAUAUAAGGUAUAUAUAAGUGAAUUAUAUAGGUGAAUAUCUAUCUAUAUAUACAAAAACCAAUUUCUUCUUCGUUUGCUA